CUCAUGGCAGAUUACAGGGAACGUACAGCUUACGUUUUGCACUAAAUUCAUUCAUGGACAUUGAACAAAUCCUCUGGUUUCAUCGGUGAGAAUUUUUUUUUUCCCACAGUGGAGUCCGGUGAGGUAAUGUCUAGGAAAUGUUAUAAUGUUAUUCCCAGCGGUAGAAGCAGCAGCAUUAGGCCACGCUAGCUUUGUUUUUAAACUUUAACUCCAACACAGUCCCGCUCACAGUUGAGACUUGGUGACUUGGCUUCUGCUGAAGUUUUGGGAGACCAUGAGGACGGGGCAGCUCUACAGGAAGGGACUGUUGUGCAGUGCGGGACAGCAGAGCGGGGCGGCUCCGAUCACAAAGUCUGUAUGAUUGAGUCUCCUUGAAUGGGGCGGCGUAUUUUCAUCUUCCCUGUCAUUCUGCAAGAACGCUUUCUGUACCUCUGCGGUCCGACCGGCGGACGGGGACACGGCGGAGGGACUCCUGACUGCCGUGCUGCGCGCUGAACAAAAACAGGAGGCGACUUUUGGUUUGGAUUAUGGUUCGGAAAGGCCUGCUGCUCCGUCGCCGCUGGUCCGCCAACAAAGGAAACGACUGUUGCUUCUUCCAUUUCACUGCCGUGGCCGCGGUGUGUGGAGACAAACAUUGAGAGUGUGAAGUGAGAAACAGCUUCAGUCACUGACUUAAGUGAAAGUUGACAAAUAAGCUCUGACUUUAUGGCCACUUGAGAGUAGCGCUGCUCACGCGCGCCGGCGCAAUUACGCACGUACACGCAGCAUACACACGCGCUCCCUUUGUUGUCAAGUUCACUCUCAGCUGAAAGUCUGACACUUUAACUCCAGGUGCUGUCUGACCAAUAACAGUUCAGACACCGUUUGAGUGGAUGUAUGAGGAUGGUGGAGAGCCGAAGCUGUGUCCAGAGGGAGGGGGUGUACCGUUGGUUCUCCUCCCUCACUUCAGCCCAGAGAGCUGAGUUCCUGUGCGGGCUGCUGGACCUCUGCGUUCCCAUUGAACUCCGGUUCAUCGGCUCCUGCCUGGAGGACUUGGCCCGCAAGGACUACCACUCCCUCCGGGAUGCGGAGAUCAAAGCUAACAACCCGGCCGACCUGUCGGGCCUCACCAAUAUCACUGAUGAGGUGGUGCGCAGCAAGCUCCUGGUGUCCCUCGCUCUGCUCGGCUCAGACAACCGGGAGGCAGCGGGGGUCCUGUACCGGACACUGACACACAUAGACACGGUGAUCAAUAACUAUGGACUGGCGCUGAACGACGGGAGAACAGAGGAGCAGUUCCUGUUGCUGUUCACCAUGGCCUCCAACCACCCGGCCUUCAGCUUCCACCAGAAGCAGGUGCUGAGGCAGCAGCUCAGCCAGAUCCAGGACAUCCUGCAGGUGAGCAGCGGAGGAGCAGGAGAGGCUCAAGCAGUAGGGCCUGGUGGGGAUCGAGCUGCCGUUUUUUACACUCAACCACAUCACCACUCUCACCAUCAGACCGUGUCCCUGUCUCUGACCUCGUUGUCCCCCGCUGCCUGCUCCCUGCCUGAUGCCAGCGCUGCCUACCUGCCUCUGUCUGCCUGCCAACCCUGCCACACGCACUGCACCUGCUGGCACAGGAGCCAGAGCAGAGAGGCCGGCACAGUGUCAGGGCUGAGUUCAGGGGUCACCAUGGGACGAGGAGACCAAGCGGUCAGCCAAGACCUCACCCCUCCUCUUCUAGACCUCCCACCUCCUCCUCCUCCCCCUCCUCCACCACCUCCUCCUCAUCUGCCCCUUUCUUUACCGGCUGGACAAGGCCUGGAUGCAGCAGCACCAACAAAAACCCACCAGGGGAAAACAGGAAAAGUGGGGAUUGAGAAGGUGGUGCUGAGAGGAGUCAGCACACACAAGUCUGAAGACACCAGUGAAUACGUGUUCGAGGUGAGCUGGUCAGAUGGUUUUGUGUCAUCUGUCGUCCGAACUCAGCAGGAGGUGACGGAGCUGCUGUCCCAGCUGUCACAAGCAUUUCCUGAUGAAGGAAUGGAGAAGUUCCUCCCUCAGUCCAUAGAGCUGGACCCCAGGUGUCUGACAGCAUUGCCUGGCCAUGUCCUCCAACACCACAGCGUCCAGCUGUUCUUCACCUCCACCAGACCUCUCUCACCCACCUGUCCUUCCUCCCUCCCCUCCGCCUUCCCUCCCUUAUCAUCCUCUCCCCCCACAGCUCCUGUAGCCCCGACCUGCCCGUUCACCUCCAGCUCUAAUGUUGACUGUAUGGUUCAGUACAGAGGAGCCAACAGGGCAGUGUACAGAGUAGCCAGCGUCCAGCCCGUCGUCAGCACCCACAGCUCUGUCUUGACUCGCUCCACUCCUCACCUCUCCUCCCUGCCACCUCCUCUUCCUCCUCCUCUCCCUCCCUCCAUUCCCCCUCCCCAACACUCCCCCCAGCUGUCCUCCCUCCCUCCCCCCAUGCCGUCCCUGCCCAGCCAGAGCUCUAUGGCAGGCGGAGGUGAUAGCUCCUCCCAGCCGCAUCCCCAGCACAGUCAGCCGCACUUGUACUCUCAGCAGCACUCCCAACACCACCUUCAUCCACAAAGCAGCAGUCAGUCCAGUACUCUGCCUCAGUCCCUCCACCUGUCCCAUUCCCAGCCAACGUCCCACUCACAUUCCCAGUCCGUUUCAUACUCCCAGUCCCGUUCUCAGACUCAUACCCAGCCACCAUCUCAGUCUCAGCCCAACACUCCAGAACAGAACGGCAUCCUGGACUGGCUUCGCAAGCUUCGGCUCCAUAAGUAUUACCCCGUCUUCAAACAGCUCACCAUGGAGGAGUUUUUAGCGCUGACAGAGGAGGACUUAAACAAGUACGACUUGACCCAAGGAGCAAAGAAGAAACUCAAGACCCAGCUCGAGCUACAAAAGUCAGUAGACAGGGAGAUGAAGAUGGAGAAGCGGUCCUGCAGCGGCAUCGCCAGGGUGACACCUUCCAGUCACAUGGGACCCUCAACACACCCCACCUCCACUGGAGGAGAGCUGCGAGUGGAGGUGGAUGCUGUGCCGCACCAUCACCCCGUCUCCACAGACAGCAGCUCGUCCUCGGGCUACUCCAGCUCUUCCUGCUCACCGCGGACACCGCUCUGCUGUGACUCCACCUUCGACAGGAGCAGAGACAUUCACAGGCGUGUGUCAGGUGUGUCAGGUCCAGAUGCAGCAGGAGGGGGACCAGAUAAGGACCGGUCCUGCCUCUUCAUCCUGAACUCCAGCUGCCCCACAGGCUCCAGUCGCCCCACAGCCCAGGUCCUACCCGUCCAGACUGAUCCAGCUCCUCCUCUCCCUCCCUCCUGCUCAUCCCACCUCCCCUUCGGUCUCCCGCAGUCUCCCUACCACCCGCAGGCCAGCUACCCCCAGACCCUUCUUUCCCCGGUCUCAAACCCAGCACGGAUCCUGACCUCCCCGCGCAAGCCCCGACCCCCUCCGCUGUGCACGGAGGACAGGACUAAGCCGCUGGGCUCGGGUCUCCCUGCUGCUGCUGCAGGCUUCAGUCCGGGGCUCAGUGUGGGGAUGGGGGUGAGGCUGGAGAACCUGUUCCCUGGGCUGAACGUGGAUGGCUCCUCUGCGCUCCAGGACUCUGUGGUUUGUCGAGGCCUGGCAGGAGGUGCCAUGGGUUUGAUGGUAGAAACCAGUUCUGCUCUGACCUCCACCUCCAACAGCCUCCACCACGUCUCCCACCCUCCCCUCCACUUCCACCUCUCAUCCUCUUCAUCCCCCUCUCCAUCUGGAUACUACUCUUACCCUCCUCCUUCCUCUUCCUCCUCCUCCUUCACUUCUUUGUCCUCCUCCUGUCCCUCCACAAAGUCCAGCUCACAGUCUGGGAGCUCCAGUGGUGGAGGUGGAGGUGGCUUUGUUUCCAUGGCAACCUCCAGCAGUGUUCCUGUGGCUGCAGUACCUGGCAACACUUACUACUCUCCCCAGCCUACCUCCAGUCCCUCCCCUUUCCCAUCCUCUGCCUCCUCAUUGGAUCAAAGUUCAGGUCACACCCCGUCUGUGUGUGUUUGCAGCUCCUGCGGUUGUCGGGGGAACUGCGGCACCUACGGGGCGUUGCCUGGGUACGCUGCGGCCGGCUACCUGCAGCCGUUCUCGGCCGGCCCUUCCCUCUUCACCCUGGGUCCUCUGCUCCAUCUCAGCCCCCUGUUAGCCUCAUCCAGCACCGCUGGCACCGGCGCCACGCCCUUCUCAUACCCGAUGAUGAUGCCUCCGCCCCUCUAUCGCCACAGUCCCAUGUCACAUGACCAGCAGCAGGGCUUUGGCUUUUACCAGCCGCAUGGCAUCAUGGGAAACGGAGGCCAGAAACGGGCAGCAGGGAGCCUGUCAUGUUAUAACUGUGGUGCCAAUGGACACAGAGCAGAGGACUGCAAACAGCCGCCCAUGGAUUCAGCACAGCAAGGGACAUUUCGACUGAAGUACACUCCUCACUCUGACAAUAAGGACUCAGAGGACUAACCAGCACAAUCACCACAGGAUCUGAACUGUCAUACUCCCUGACACAACUGUACCUCAUGUUCCUGCUGAAGCUCACAGGCAGCAGCCACACAGCUGAAAAGGCACGUGGGCUCAGACGACCUGGGUCUGGGGUACAGCAGGUCUGUUCAGGGACUGCUCAUCUGAAAGCAGAGUUCUCCUUUAUCCUUCAGAACUCUUUUACAACAGAUCAGAGAGAUAAAACGAGGAUGGAAAAGAAACAGGAAUGGUUUGUGAUCAGAAUACUUCUCAUUCCUCCUCAGAUACAAAAUCCCUGUGAAAGGUGGGAUUUGUAAACUCUGCCACGCUUUAUUUCAGAGACCUAACUGUAACCUCAACCACAUAGGAAACAUUACAGAUAAUAGAGCCAUGUUUACCUGGAGUGGGUUAUGAGCAUUUAUAGUCUCAUAGAUCGUUCUCAAACCAAAGGCACAGCCCUCCAGUAUUCUGUUACCUUCCUGGGCACUCAGUCAGGUACAUUUUUAACUGUAUGUCCACAUGUCUGAACGCACAAAGAAGCUACAGUGUUAUUUUCCCUUUGACUGAAUCUACCAGUAAAGAAGUUCAUGGACUGCUCAGCUUUAAAUCCAGUCCAUUUCUAAGAGUUGUGUCCCAAAUCCAUUCUGCAUAUAUAGUAGAGACUAUAUUCUAAUUUGUGCAGCUAUAAUACAAAAAGGCAACAAAUCUAAUCAUUAAUACUGACAGGGCAAAGAUGGUCAGACUGCAGCUUUAGAAUGACACUGCCAGUUCACCCUCACAGAGAGACAGCAAAACCUUUUCUGAGGUUUUCCUGGAUUAGUUCUAAUUUUCUUUGAUGCAUUUUACAAACAGUUUUAAAUAUACUUUUUUUUGUCACUGUAGUCAGCACACUACAGAAUCAAAACCUGCUUAGAAUCAGUGUGUACUGUAGUAUGGAUUUAGGACACAGCUAAGCUGUUACAAUCCGUUAGAAGCAAUAAUAAAAAUAAGUCCGGGAAAAGAAACGAGUGCAUUUUAAAGGUACAGUGUGGAACUUUUGACCACCAGUUGUGCUGAAGAGCAGUGUUUUGAUGAGUGGGCCCUCAGUAAACAUGGAUCUAAACUGUUUAAAAUAUUUAAACAAAUAUUUAAAUCAGCUUUGCAAAUGUUUUGUAAGGACAGAAAAGCACUCAUCAUGUUUGUCACUGCCCAAGGAUGAACACCAUGUGUGUUGAUGGAAAAAAACGAAACAAAAUGGAAACACAACACAACAUGUUGGUUUACAAUAAGACUCCACAAGGCUCAGAGAAAGUUAAAAAGAAACCAAGUACCCCUGAUUCAAGGGAUCAGUCCUCUGAAGAAACGAGCUCAUGAACCUGAGGUUCUGCUGAACCUGCUGCUCCACCUCAAAAACUUACUUGCCUUACAAUGAACACAGCUAACAUUUUAAACUAAAAUGUUGCCUGUAAGAGACUGACCAAGUGUGACAAUCAGAAACUCCAGUGAGCUGCAUGAUUCCCAGGUUUAGAGUGUGAGACUGGCAAACAAAGCACCGGGUUAAAUACAGUUAAUCAGUGUAAAUAUUUCUAUCAUGCCAAGAUCGCAAAGAACAUCAUGUGUGUGUCCUCUGGACGGAGGUUUGAAAAGAGUCAGGCCGUGUUGGUUAUAUGUCAAGAAGUACAUACUGCGUCAAGAAAUCUGGACUUGGAGAAUCCAGCCCCUGGUCUGGGACACAGUAUGAACCUUAUCACUGCAGCAUUGCAACUGGAGUCCCUUCUCAGCAGCCACCUUUCUGCCCAUGUUACUCCUUCAGCAGUGCCUGGGGCUGAUCCAGUUACUUUUCAAAUGGCCUCCUGUGCCACACAGUGUUCCUAACAGAGUGCAGACUGAAAAUACUCAGUUUGCGUUCUGAUAGUCUCUGCGGUUUACAUCAGUGUAUCUGUCGUCAUUCGAGGUGGAUAAACAGUUCAAAAGUGCCAAUUUUCUUUCAGCUCAGUUUGAUGUUAAGACGAGCGGAUGUUAAACUCCAGGAGAGAUGGAGCUGCCUCUUUUUGUUAUUAACAUGUACGGUCUUUAUGCCAGAUUAAAGCCAGGAAUGUUGAAUUUUGAGAUUUGUAAAAAUGUGUAUGUGAGUGUUCACAGUGUAUUCAAGUGUCUGACUGUGAGUGAGUUGCUGGGCAGGACCCAGAAUUUUACAGACACGAGGACAGCUGGUCCUUCAGAUGAAACUCUAUCUGUGCCCCCGGAGGGCACAGCAUGGCGACACGGGAUGUUUAUUUAAAACAGUAAAUGCUGUACAUUCAGUGUGUAUAACAACUUCUGUCUGUUGUUUAAAGAAUAAUGAGUCAACAAUGUGCUUUUCUAGUGUGAUACAAAAUGGCACCAGACUGUGUGUUUUCACAGAAAUGUGGGGCUCAGAAUCAACCAGCCAGCCCUCAGCUGUUUAAAUCUGAACAGUGCAACUGUCUAAAUAGACAUGACCAUUUAAAAACUUUUUUUUCAGCAGUAAAAAAGCAGAAAACUUAAUGACUUUAUUCAUUUUUAUAGAUCAUACCAAAGAAAGCUUUCUUUUGAGAUUUUUUUUUUGACAAAUAGCUUCACUUUUGUUUUUUGUUUUUUUUUGGACUCCUUAUUUCUCUCUUUAGAUCCUGGUGACGUGAUGCUCCAUCAUGCAUGUUGCUUCAUCUUUGGUAAAAUGUGCUUUUGAAAUAUUUUGUGCAGAUGUUUGGACACAGUUAAUAAUUAUCCAGUUCAUUUGUAGGACAGGUUUUAUAUGGCUUUAUUUGUGUUUUAAAACUUGAUUGCUUUAUCUGAACUUCG